AUGCAGCCUCUAUUAUCCCCGCACCUCCUGGCCUGGUGCCUCCUGACAACAACGCUUCUUCUGCCGGCGUCCCUGGCAGACCAAAUCCCCUUCCACCGCCAACAGCCUCUGUCAACAAAAGGCCCGAUCAAGGAGAUCCCCCAAGUCGGUCUGGGGCUUUGGAAUUCCAAGGAUGAAGAUGCCUCCAAUGCUGUCGAGUAUGCUUUCGAGGCCGGGUACAGACACCUCGAUUCGGCCGCUGCUUAUGGCAACGAAGACUUCGUCGGCCGCACACUGGGCAACUCGUCCCUCUCCCCUCACCGCCACAAGUACUGGAUCACCUCGAAGCUGUGGAACACGGCGCACCAGCCCAAGCACGUGCGACCCGCGCUCGAGAAGACACUCCAUGACCUGCAGGUGCCCUACCUGGACCUGUACCUGAUGCACUGGCCGGUGGCAUUCCUGCCGGGCCAGAAGCCCGGGCGCACCGUGGUUGACCAGGACACCAGCGUGCACGACACGUGGGCGGCCAUGGAAGAGCUGGUGCGGGCCAACCUGACCCGGCACAUCGGGGUGAGCAACUUCUCGCCGCGCCAGCUAGACGACUUGCUGGCCCGCUGCGACAUCCGGCCCUGGGCCCACGAAUUUGAGACACACCCCUACCUGCAGCAGCAGGAGUUCGUCGACUGGCACCGCAAGAACAACAUCACCGUCAUCGCCUACUCGCCGCUCGCCAAUAUGAAUCCCACCUAUAGCGACAAGUACCCGGACCUGCCACACGUCCUCGACGACCCCUUCUGGAUCGAUCUCGCCGCCGAGAAGAACGUCACCCCGGCACAGGCCAUCCUCGCCUGGGGCAGGCAGCGCGGGACCGUUGUGAUCCCCAAGAGCGUGCAUCGAGAUCGGAUCGAGGAGAACUUGGGGUCGCUCAAGGUGAGUUUCACCGAGAAGGAGAUGCUCAAGAUUGCCGAGCAGGAUAAGAGGUCGAGGUUCAAUAAUCCCAGUAAGAGUUGGGGGGUCGAGCUGUUCGAGGGCUUGGAUGAUGGUAGUAGUCGCUUCAUGGCGAACGAGGAAGUGCAAGCCUGCGGGCGUGUCGGGGAAAAUUAG